AUGUCAUCCACGAUCUCACUGAAACCCUUGAUGACCCUAGGUGCACCUUCGAUCGGGACUCACGACUGGAGCUUGAAGUUAGGUAGCAAUGAACAGUUAGCUUCCUUCGUGAUUUGUGCAAAAUCAACCCGGUUCCUCUGGAGAGACCAUGCUGUAGCCAAGCAAGAUGAGGGGCACCGCAACAGCCUGCACGCCUAUGCCAUCGUUGGACAAUGGCUCCUAAGACACCCAGGUGAACAACGGUGGUUGCCUGACUUCAGACUCUCCUACUGGACACUCGAGACCUUGCUACAGGCUACAGCGGCCAGACUUUUGGGUCAAUACGCUAAAAGAGAAGAUGUUGAGUUCCUGUGA